CUUUUUGUGAACGAGUGGAAAAAAAAGAAAAUAAAUAAAUAAAUUGAAUGACACGAAAAUACGAAUUAAAGGGACACCGUCCCCUUCUAUGACGAAUUAGGCAAAAACCGUUGCUUUUUAUUUAAAAAAUUGAUCUUCCAAAAUUUUUUAAAGUUAGUGAGUUUUCAACUGUUUAUCAGUAAGAAUGAGUGAAAAGAAAACUGCAGCAAAGGCUGCUACAAGUAAAAUAUCAAAAGGCAUACCUGUUUCUACUAAAAUUCCUACUUCUGGUCGUGAUAGUGGUACUCAUUCAAGAUCUUCAUCAGUAUCAAACUUAACUUCAGCUUCAGAUCUUGUUUCUGAAAUAGGAGAUGCUUCUUCUGCAAGUAUGCAUGGUUUUAAAUUGGAAGAUCGGAUUUGGGUCAAUGGCACAAAACCUGGUUUAAUAAAGUUCCUUGGUAAAACUGACUUUGCUCCCGGUAUCUGGGCUGGUGUGCUUCUUGAUGAAGCUGUUGGAAAGAAUGAUGGUUCAGUGGCAGGAGUUAAAUACUUCAAGUGUGAGCCCAAUUAUGGUGUUUUUGCUCGCCCACAAAAACUGACAAGAACCAUGGGAGCCCUUCCUAGUGACACUAUGGGCAGCACAACUAAUCUUAGGAAUGCUGGUGCCACCAUGGGUAGCACCACAAGUAUAGCUAGCCUGAGGAGUGGUGUGGGUUUGGCAACUCCUGUUAAUAGCAGAACUCCUGGUACUUCUGUUACAUCUCCUACCAGUGCCACCAGAGAAGUGUGCUCCAAACUUAGAUUGGGUAAAAGAGUUGUUGCAAGUUCUACAACUGGUGUUAAAACAGGUGUGUUGAGAUUUAUUGGAGAGACUGAUUUCGCAAAGGGUGAAUGGGCUGGAAUAGAACUUGACGAACCAGUUGGAAAAAAUGAUGGAUCAGUUGCUGGAAAAAGGUAUUUUACAUGCCCCAUGAAGUAUGGUUUGUUUUCUCCAAUUCAUAAGAUUUCACUUGUGGGUGGUACUUCUAGCUCUCGCACGCCUUCUGUGCGGGGUGCACCCAUUCGGAGGUCUACGAGCAGAGAAUCUAUAAGCAGUUCUGUGAGUAACUGCUCCAAAUCUAGUCGUGUCAAAUUGGGGGUGACAUCCCUCACAAAUACUCAGAAGUCUAGAACAACCGGAGUAGGAAUAAUGACUACAAGUCGUGCUUUGGAGGAAGCCCUUAAAGAAAAAGAGCAGCACAUUGAGCAACUUCUAAAGGAGCAUGAUCUUGGAAGAGGUGAAGUUGCUAGGUUAACAAGUCGCUGCGAAGAGAUUGAAAGGAAAAACACAGAGCUUUCGGGUCAGCAACAGCAGUUUGAUGAGCUCAAAAGAGGACUGGAGCAACAACUGUCAACUGAAAAACGGAAAUUGGAAGAUUUGCAAUUUCAAGUAGAGGAAGGUGCGAUUUUAAAAAGUGAUUUGGAGAUGCAGUUGCAACAGAAAGGCUCUAUUUUUAAGCGCUUAGAAGAUUUUCUUACUAAAUCGCACGAUAAUAAAUUUAACAACAUAAAAGAAAUAUUGGACGGAAAAGAAGCAUUGACUGAUUCAGUGGAGACUCAAGAAAGUGACGGAACCUCCAGUCUAAGACAAAAAAUACAAGAGCUUGAAGAAAACUUGUCUAAAUUAAGAGAGGAAAAAGAUAAAUCUAUGAAUGAUUUAGAAACCAUGAAUUUGAAGUUCAAGGAAGUAGAAAAGAAAACAGAAGAACAACUGUAUGCUCUUAACAACAGUGUUCAAGAAAAAGAUGAUGUCAUAACUAACCUGAGAAGUGAAUUGAAUCUUCAGUUGGAAAAGCUCACCAAUUUAGUGGCCGAUAAUCAAGCUUUAGCUGAACAAAUGGCUUCACAAGCAAAUACUGAAAAAGGACAUACAGAAGAAGUGAUUAAAGAAUUUGGGGAGAAAGUUUCAAACCUCUCCGAAGAACUAAAAUUGAAGUCUGCCAAACUUCAAGAGCUUGAGCUGUCAGUACAAGAAAGAGAUAACAAAAUAGGAGUUCUUGAAAAUGAAAUCAAAUCACAAACUCAAAAGAUAGCAGAGUCUGAGGGUCUUAAUCAGAGUUUGAAUGAAUCAUUUGAGCUGAAAUCUUCUGAACUUACAGAGAAAAUUACUCUCCAACAAUCACUCGAAAGUGAAGUGGCUGCUUUUAAACUCAAAGUUGAAACUGAAAUUCCAGAAAAGGAAAAGAAAAUUCUGGAUUUGGUAAAACAAAUUGAAGGCCUUACCUGUUCACUUCAAGAAAAAGAAGACACAAUUGCCCAAAAGCUGUCAGAAAUCACUUCACUUCAGGGGAAAGUUAAAGAGUUGUCAGACAGUCUGUCAGAAGCGAGAACUGAGCACAAUGUUGCUCUUGAAAAUGCAACAAUUUCAGACAAAAAGUCAUCAGAAAAUCUGGCUGCCCUACAAAAAGAGCUAGAAAUAUUAAAAGAAGAAAAGUCUGAAAUAAAAAGCAAAUUUGACCUGGAGCUUCAAAAACAAAAAUUGGAAACUGAAACUGCAUGUCGAGAACUGGAAAUGAAGACAAACCUUUUAUCUGAGAAAGAGACUGAAAUGAUGACAAUGAGAGAUACUAUAAAGACAAAAGAAAUAGAAUGUUCUGAUUUGCAGAAAAAGCUAUCUUCCCUUGAAGAGUCUUUCGAAUCGCUCAAAGCUGAAAAAGGAGAAGUAGUUGAGAAAAUCAACAUAAAAUCUAUGGAGCUUCAAAAACUUCAAUCGGAGUUUGAUGCUGCGUCAAGGGAGUUAAUUGAAAGUAAAACUGCUUUAUCUACUGCUGAAUCUCAAUUAAUUUCUCACAAACAAAGCAUAGAGGAAAAGGAACACGAAUUCUCAAAACUUAAUUUGGAGUUAAUUGAUAUUAAAAACACGAGAGAAGAGUUGACUAAAGAUAAAGAUUCAGCUAUAAAUUCUUUGAAAGAUAAAGAAGAAUUGAUAUCAUCUCUUGAGAAGCAACUGUCUGAUUUCAAAAGUGCGGUUGAAGUCAAGACUGCAGAACUUGAAACGAAUACGAAAGAAAUUGAAACGAAUAAGAAAGAAAUUGAAAUGCUAAGCAAGUCAAACAAAUCUAAAGAUGAAGAAGUGUCGCAACUGAUGUCAAAAUUAGAACUAGCUCAACAGAAUGUGGAAAUGCUGAAUAAGGACAGCAGCGAACAUGUAAUGACUUUACAGAAUGAACUUUCCAAGUUGAAGGAAGAUAGUGAUAAAAUUAAAACAGACCUUAACCAGAAAUUGGAAGAAGUCCAGGAGGAAAAAGAGAAACUAAACAGCAAUCUUCUGAAUGAGGAAAAGCUGAAAUCAGAAAAAGAAAGCCUCAUUUUGAAACUUGAAAAUGAAAUGAAAUCUAAAGAAGCCAACUUGACUGAAUUCUCUGACCAAAUUGAGAAACUUAAGAAAGAUAUGAGUGCUUUGGAAGAACGAAAUAAAGAAACAAAACUUUCCUAUGAAAAAGAACUUACAAAGACAAAAGAGGAAUUUGACUCUCUAUUAAAGAAAAAAGAAUUGGAUUUUAAUGAGCUUUUGCAGAAAAAAGAUAAAAUUAACCUAGAACUUAGUGAGCUUAAUGAGUGUUUGGCUCAGAAACAUGAGGAAAUAUUAUUUGUGCAAGGAUUUAUGCGAGAAAAGGAUCAGACUAUUGAAAAGCUGUCAUCACAAAUUCAGACACUUGAGAAAAAAGUUGAUGCUAUCACCAAAGAAAAGGAGGAUGUGCAAGAAACGCUUCAAAAACAACUGCUGACCACCAAAGAAGGACUUAGUGAUGAAUUAAAACAGCGAGAAGAGGCUGUGGAGAAAAGCCUGUCAAAAUUGUCUGAAUAUGAAAAGAUGCUGGAGGACUCUAAAACACAGUUGAAGGCUAAAGAAAAUGACAUAAAUUCUCUGAACAAUAUAAUCUCUGAAAAAGACUCCCAGUUUGACGAACUAAGUAAAAUGAUUGAGGAUUCACAAUCUCAGCUGAAUCAACUAAAAGAAAACAACGAUAAAAAUGUCAAACAGCUGGAAGAGAAAGAGAUAUUUAUCAAUGAAUUUAAGGGGGAGACAGAAAACAAACUGAAAGAAAGGGAAGAGAGUUUCAAAUCAGAAAUUGUCAAUCUUGAAAGAAUCAUCUCUGGGAAAGAUGAAGUUACUCAACAGAAAGAAGAAAUAAUAUUAAAAUUAACUUCACAUAAUCAGCAACAAGAGCAACAAAUUGAACUCUUGAAUAAUGAAGUGGAGAAAGCUAAAUUGUUAACUAAGGAAGCUGAGGAAGUUUCUGGAAAAACUCACAGUGAAUUAAUUAAGAAAAUAUCUGAUUUAGAAGUUAAAUUCCAUGCAUUGAUACAAGAAAAGGAAAAGAUAGCUAGUGAAGAACUUAAAACUCGAACUGAUAAAAAGAAUCUUGAGGAAGUUAGGGAUGCUUUAAUGAAAGAAAAAGUUCUGCAACAAGAAGUUGUGAAAGAUAAAGAAGCCAAAUUGGAAGCUUUGCAAGCAGAGGUCAUCAGGAUGCAGUCAGAUUUCUCUUUACAUAAACAAGAUUUGGAGCAAAAAUUAAAUAUAUCAGUUAUGGAGAAGGAAGCUGCCUCAGAGUUAAAACAACAUUUAGAUCUGCAACACUCUGUUGUUGAAGAACUGCAAGAAGAACUUCAAAAGUAUGAGGAAAAAUGUAAAAAAUUGGAAUCUCAGUGCAUACAAAUACCAAAUUUGACAUCUGAGAAUGCUCAGUUAGCAAAAAAAGUUGAGGAAUCUGAAGCAGCUAUAAAAGAAAAGUCUAAAAAAUUGGAGCAAGUGGAGGUGCAAAAACAAUGUGCAGAGGAAUCUCUUAGUAAUACUCAAAACAUAUUUAAAGAAAAAGAAGCUGAAUGUUUAUCUUUAAAAGAACAGAUGCUUAUUUUGCAAAAAGGAAAUGAUUCUACGGAACAACUUAAAUCUAGAAUUAAAUCUUUAGAAGAGGACAAUAAGCUUUUGAAGUUAAAAGCUGAUAUGAAGCCUUCUUCAAAUGACAAUCUCUCUAGUAAAACAGCUGCUGUUGAUUCUAAUCAAAUGGAUUCAGAAGAACACGAAUCUUUACUGAGUCAGAUUGACUUUUUGAACUCCAUAAUUGUUGAUAUGAAACAAAAGAAUGAAGAAUUGAGCAGAGAGAAUGAAUUGUUCAAAAAUCCUAUCGAGCACAGUGAUUUAAAUCUAAAUGAAGUAAAGAAAAUUCCUCCAAGACUCUUCUGCGAUAUAUGUGAUAUGUUUGACUUGCACGACACUGAUGAUUGCCCCAAACAAGAAUCUUACAUCGACGAUGGCGAGGUUCCAAAUCUCGUCCCGCAAGGUGUUCGAAAGCUAGAAGAGCGUCCUUAUUGUAAUAACUGUGAAGUGUUUGGGCAUUGGACUCUAGACUGUAACGAAGAAGAAGAAUAUUAACUUAUUUUAGCUUUUAGACUAUUAAUUUAUUUUAGCUGUGAUUAUUAAAAUGCCUUUCCAUUCUCAGUAUUUGAAAAACUUUUUUUUUCCAAUGAACUCUGUAAUGCUCAACUCUUUUUGAUAUCAUUCAGAUAUAACAAUGGUAUAUAAAUUAUGUAGUAAUGUAGGUUUUAUGGACUCUCUUUCACACUUGUACAAAUGUAAUUAUAAAUAAUUCUUAUAACCUGUAGAUAUUCUAUCGGAGAGGUAGUUUGCUUGCCUUUUGUGGUUGCUAUAUUUUACAAUUUUAAAAAAUGUUGAUAUUUUACAAAGAGCUCUUUAUUUAUAAAUGUUUUAAUUCUGAGUGAAUAAACUAUUUUUUGUGACUAAA